AAGUGAUGAUUUUCUCUCCCUCCUCCCCAGAUUGAAGAAGGCCAUGAUUGGUUUUGAACACAUGUUUGAGGAGGUUCCCAUCGUGAUCAAGAACUCCCACCUGAUCAACGUUCUGAUGUGGGAACUGGAGGAGAAGUGUACUGUGGCCGACAAACACGAACUGCUCAACCUCUCCAGCAGUAACCACCUGGAGAAGUCUCUGCAGCUCCUGAUGGACAGAGUGGAUGAUAUGAGUCAGGACAUUGUCAAGUAUAACACCUACAGCCGUAACCUCAGCAAGCAACAGCAGCAGAAACACCAGUAUGUCCAGCGGCGCCAGCAGGAGAAUGCUCAGAGACAGACCAGAGGAGAGACUCCUCUACCAGAGGAAGAUGUCUCCAAGAUGUUCAAACCACCACAGCCCCCUCCUCGCAUGGACACUCUCCUCAUCGCAGGACAGAUUAACAACUACUGCCAGAAUGUGAAGGAGUUCACCUCCCAGAACCUGGGCAAACUCUUCAUGGCCGAGGCUCUUCAGGGACACAACAGCUAAAGGAGAAGACGAGAGGAGGAAGUAAAACACACAGGAGAUAAACCCCCCUUUCACCCAAUCAGAAUGAUCCAUACAGGGCUGUGUUCUAAUUGGUACCCUCUUCCCUAUAUAUAUAUAUAGUGCACUACUGGUCAAUACUAGUACACUGUAUAGGGAAUAGGGUGUAAUUUUGGGAUGCAUCCUAUGAUUGGAGGAUUGACGUGAUGCUGUUAGAUUUGUUAAGAAAUUAAAAUAACGACGUGACCAAUAUUAUUAAGAGAACAUGUUCCACGUUCUCCAGAGAAGAUUUAUUUGAAUAUUAUUGUAACUUUUAAUAAACAUCUUUGCGUCUCCUCA